AUGCGUGCCGAGACAUCAGUUGUACGGGAGCAUGAGGAAUUCCUAUGGCUUCAUAGUGUGUUGGAUGAAAACGAAAGCUAUGCAGGUUUCAUUGUCCCACCAGCUCCUCCUCGUCCUGAUUUCGACUCGUCGCGAGAGAAGCUGCAGAAGCUUGGUGAAGGAGAGGCGACCAUGACGAAGGAGGAGUUUUUGAAAAUGAAGCAAGAGCUCGAACAGGAUUACCUAGCACAGUUCAAAAAAACUGUCGCCAUGCAUGAAGUGUUUUUACAAAGGAUAGCCGCUCAUCCAGUAUUUCGGCAGGAUUCCAACUUCCGCAUCUUUUUGCAGUAUGAAGAUGAACGAUCUUUUCAAACUAUGCCAAGGAAUGUGUACUUGUUUGAUGACGGUCGAUGCCUUGUAAGACGCCUCGUUCGCGAGGGCUCCAGUGACCUUUACCUCGACAUUAUCACAUGUCGUCGUUGCGCUUCACGCAUGAAAAUCACAUUACGACAUGGCAAGUAUAAAGGCGAAACGCGUUCUUACUGGGCGUACAGAUGUCAAGGAUGCCAGUCAUAUCGCUCUCUGGUCACGAUUCAAAGUCCAUCAACAACAUCAUCACCGAGCUCCUCGAGAGUUAUGUCCGUGAAUCUCAAACGAGAUUCAAAAUCAGAGAUAUUGCCUCCAGUUGGGAAAAAACCUGCGUUGUCUGCAUCGGUGACGGCGACUCAGGAACCUUGUGGUUGUCUAGUUUUUAUACCUAAACAAUUGACUGAAGCGGAAGCGUUGCUCUUUCGUGAAACAUUUUUCAAGAUUGUUACGAAUCAGUAUACGGAACCAGAAACCGAAUCUUCGGGUUGCCCUCCUUCUUCUAUGGUUGCUCCUAAUUGA